UUAUCAUAUUAUCAGUUCGGGCGGGGGCGGCAUUGAAGCUAGAGGACACACACAAGAACCAUCACCACCAGCUUACCCCACAUAUUGACGUUCAUAUAUUUUCACACACACAAGUUCCGCCGGACGGAUUUUCUCUCAUAACGUCAAAGUAACGUCAUGAGAGUUUGACAGCUACUGUACUCGAUUGUAUUGUAGUUCUAUACCAGCACCAGCACAGGACAAACCAGUUCUACUCAGUUUGAGUUUACUGUCUAUUAAAUGAUUCACGUCGUCUAACAUCCAGCAGCAGCACAUUUGUCAAUAAUCAACAACAAUGAAGACAAGUGUCUGAGAGUGAAAAAUAAUAACAAUAAUUAGCACAGCAAUUAAAAUAAUAAAUAAAAAUAUAAAAAAAUAAGUGCGGUGAUUUUUUACAUCAGAAUAUGGAAGAAUGAUCAAGCACGGGAUUAUUUUUCUACUGCUCCUUGUAUUGCCAGGAUGGCAAGAAGCCUUGGGAUCAGUAUCAGUCAGAACUGUCGAAGUAGACAUCGGACAAAAUCUAACGAUAGCUUGUACUGAUGAAAAUGUAUCACGUCAUCCUGGUAAUUAUUCAAAUGUCAUGUGGGUCCGUGAGGGAAGAAAAGAUGGCCAGGUUCGGAGAAUGAAAAUAGGAUCGAAUAAAGCACUUGAGCUGGUGAAUGUUAGUCUUGAUGACGCUGGUAAUUACUUCUGUACACUUGACAAUGACGCGAAUGCUGUUAAAACACGAAUUAAUAUUCAAGUUAAGACACCUCCGCCAGCACUUCACAAUGUCUGGGUCAAACCAUCGACGAUACUCGCAAAUAUUUUAUGGGAAGUAGCAGGUACUGGUGGUUAUCCAAUAAUUGACUUCACUGCCGAAUAUCGUCUUAAACCAGGUGUAGGUGAAGAACCUGAAGACUGGAAACCGAUUAUGCCGACGCACAUUCCUUCAAAUUCUAGACAAAUUGACGUUUAUCAUCUGGAGCCAAACACAACGUACUUGUUUCGCGUAUGGGCAACAAAUAAACUUGGCCGUGGUGAAAUCGUUCAAGUUGAAGGUCAUACUCAUCACACCGUCGAAGAAUUAGAGCUGGCGAAACAUCUGUUAGCCGGCGUGGAAAAUUUUGAUACACGAAUCUGGGUAGCGGCGGUAGGAAUUGUUAUGGGAACACUAAUGGUCCUUGGUUUAGGUACAUGCUACCUUCUGUAUCGUGAGUGCAAGGCACCCUCGCAGCUGGAGGAUCAGGAAGUGAUUGAAUUGGUACCGAAUAUUAUUCUUAACCCGGGAUUCUUUGACGAGAGAUCUGAGCGACAGCAUCAGCUGCAACAUCAGGACGAGAAUUUCAACAACCAAACAACCACACGACUGAACAACAACACCGUGAUAUUACCGAGACGACUUUAGCGUUUUAUUAACAAUUGAUUAAUUCAUUUAAUCAACUAAUUAUUUUUUUACUACUGGUCGGUUAUUAACCCGCUAUUAAUUAUUAAUUAUUAAUAUUGAUAUUAAUAUUAAUAACUUUAAUUACUUGGUAUUAAUUUACGGUAGACCGGUAGUUUUUAUGACGCAGGAAUUUAUUUGUUACAAUGCAAAAGUGUUCAAAAACGUAUUAAUUAUAUUAAUAUUUAUAAUAAUAAAAAAUUGUAAGACUUUGCUAUAGAUUUCACACAUGCCGAAUAUUUUAAAAUUUUUAAAAAACUCUGGUCGCUCGUGUAAUAUUACGACCACGUUGUUGUUGCUUGUCGACUGGAUUUUUUCACUGUAAGUAAAUUAUUUCCACGAGCUGAUGAAAGACUGGAAAUUUUUAAUGAAAAUUUAUUAUUAAUUAUUUUUAAAUUAUUAUUAAUUUUUAACGAAUUGAUUGGUGGCAUUUUUUUAAUGACAAAAAAAAGACUGUUAUGUCUGGCGGUUUUUGCAAAUUUUUUUUUACUGUUACUUUUUUUUUGGCAAAGAUUAAACCGCCUUUUUAAUCUGAUAUAUAAUAAUUAAUUAAUUAAUUAAUAACAAAAUAUUAGAAAAAAAUGAAAUUUUUCUCAUUAUUUAUUUUUAUUUUAUAAUUAACCUGGCGAGUCCGCAUUAAGGCCAAUUACGAUAAUUACCGUAAUUUACGGUAUUCGGAAUCAUUACGGUAUUUUACGGUAAAAUAGCGAAAUUCGCAGUAAAAAUCAAUAUUGUGCAGUAAACAUCCGGUAUUUUUACCGAAAAUUUUUGGUAAAAGGACGGUAAUUUAUCUGCAAAUUGCGCUACAUGGAAUAUUGCACUGUAAAAAUAGUUACGUUGCUUACGGUAAAAAUGCUGCAAAUUACGGUAAAUUGCUGGAUUUUUUGCCGUAAAUCUCUCAAAAUACUGUAAAUUACCGCGCAUUCAUGUAAAUUGUCGUAAAUUGCGGUAAAUAUUUCAUGAAAAUGCGGUAUUUUAGGUAAACCUGCGGUAUUUUACGGCACAAGUGCGUCAUUUCUACCGAAAAAUUGCGGUGAGCUUGAGGUAUUUCACCGUAAAGUGAAGAAUUGCACUGUAAAAAAUUACAGAUUCUACAAUAAAAAUAGGCCUUCCAGGCAAAAAUCUUUAAACAUGAAAGCUUAAACUGUAAUUUUAGAAAUUUGUAAUAGUAAUAAAAUUGAUACAAUUUUAAGCAGCAAAUUUUACAGUUUAAAUCGACAAUAUCGAGUUUGAAACUGUAAUAUUUGUUAUUUCUGGAUAAAAAAUGUCAUUUUUACAAUUUCAGACUCGGAGCGCUUUACUACUAUACGAAACUGUAAUUUUUCAACUGCUCUUUUUUCCGUGUAUUUUACCAUAAAUCACUGUCAAGUUGCUGUAGAAAUACGUUAUUUUAUGGUAAACACGCGGUAUUUUGCAGAAGUACGGUAUUUUGACCGAUAAUUUGCAGUAAGAGAACGAUAGAACUUAAAACAAUGGUGCUCACGGUAAAAAUGCUGUAAAUUACCAUGCAUUAGUGUAAAAUGUCGUAAAUUGCGGUAAAUAUUCCACGGAAAUGCAAAAUUUUAGGUAAACCUGCGGUAUUUGAAGGCAUAAAUACGUCGUUUCUACCGAAAAAUUGCGGCGUAUCUGCGGUAUUUUACCGUAAAGUGAAGUAUUGCACUGUAAAAACUGUAGAAAUAAAAAAAACAUACAGUAUUUACGGUAAAAAUGCUACAAAUUAUGGAAAUUUACCGUAUUGUACCAUAAAUCACUCUAAAUUUGCCGUAGAAGUACGGUAUUUUACGGUAAACAUGCGGUAUUUUACGGAAGUGUGGUAUUUUUACUGAUAAUUUUCAGUAAAAGAUCGGUAGAAAUAACAAAAUAUAUGGUGCUCGCGGUAAAAAUGCUGUAGAUUACCGUAGUUUACUGUAGAAUGCCGUAAAUUGCGGUAAAUUUGCCGUAGAAAUGCGGUAACUGACCGUAAUUCGGAUCCGCCAGGAUAAAGGUGAUUUGUUAUUUUUAUAAUGACACUUUUGAGAGACGUAAUGGAGUUGUUUGUUAAAAAAGAAAACAAAACCAAAAAAAAAAAGGAUUAUUACCUAAUUGAUAUAAAAAUUUAAAUUAAAAUUCCAGUGUCUACUGAAUACUUAAUUUUUAAAAUAUUUAAUAUUAAUUAUUUUAUUUUGUUUUUGUUGUUGAAAAUUUCUCGUCGAGAUUGCGCUUUUGCUCUCGUCACUGCAGGGAAUUAUUGCAUUAAUAAUGAUAACAAUCCACGAAGUAUUUAAACAAAUAAAAGUAAUAAUAAAAAAUAAAAAAAAAUUGCUUCUAAGUAGAAUUUUCUACACUUCCAGCUUUUUGAUUUAGCCGAUAACUCUAUUACUCAACUAAAUAUAUCUGCUAAACAAAUUAAAUACUAUUACGUAACAAAACAAAAACGCUUUCUAUGCAGCUUUAAAAAUUUAUUAUUUUUAUUUUGUAUCGCUGUUUAUUUUCACUGAAAUAAUUAUUAGAUAGCCACGAAACACUCAACUGAAAUCAUACUAUCGAAUUUUUGCACAAGUUUCACACAUUAAUUAAAUAAAAUAAUACGUAAUUUAUAAAAUAAGUGCAAUACAAAGCCUAAAAAAAAUUAAAAUUAGCUUCAAUAAAUAAAAUCAUUGUUACAAAAAAAAAAAUUAAUUGUAAUCGAGCGUCGAAUGAUCAGAAAUAUGAGUAAUUAUUUUUAAAUACUGGUUUAAUCACCGGAGACAAAACUAAAAUAAUUAAUAAAAUCAUUUUUUAAAAUUGUAUCCGGCGGAUUAUGAAUAGUAGCAUAUCAGGAGGAUUCAUUGCAUAAAAAAAAAAUACAUUUCAUACCAUAUAGAAUUAAAAAAAUAUAUAUAAAUAAUAUAUAUUAUAGAGGGAGGAAGUGAAUUUGAGAUAAAAAAAAGAGCAUAUUUUUGUGAUUUUUUUUUCAGAGUACCGUCAUUAUUAAAAUUCUCAAAAUUUGUGACAUUAUUAAGCAUCAUUUCAAGAAUAUUCUGCUAAAUUUUCGUAAAAAAAUAUUGAAAAAUAAGCCAGUGGUAGUGGGGAGAGACGAGUCACUUAAAAAAAGUCUCCAUGCCGUAGGCAGGAUAACUUAUGACUGCCUCAUCUGAAGUCAAAAAACCAAAAAUAUUUCUUUAGUACAUAAGUUUAUCUUGGAGUUGAACGAAAGAGUAAACAAAAUAUUCAUUUUUGAAUUUUUGGUAAAGGUGCAAUCACAAAUCUCUGAUUGUUACCAAAAAUUGCUCCUUUUGUUUAAUUAAAAAAUAAGUAGUUAUUGAAAAAAAAAUUCCUUCGUUCAAAUCCAAGAUAAAGUUAUGUACAAAAGAAAUCUUUUUGGUUUUUUUAUUUCCGAUGAGGCAGUCAUAAGUUAUCCUGCCUACGGCAUGGAGACUUUUUUUAAGUGACUCGUCUCUCCCCUCUACCACUGGCUUAUUUUCCAAUAUUUUUUUAUGAAAAUUUAGCAGAAUAUUCUUGGAAUGAUGCUUAAUAAUGUCACAAAUUUUAAGAAUUUUGGUAACGACGGUACUCUAAAAAAAAAAUCACAAAAAAUAUCCUCUUUUUGUCUCAGACCCCUUCCCCCCCUUAAUUCAAAUAAAAAUAUACGAAUGAACGUGUGAUCGUAGUAUGAUUUAAAAAUUAAAAUAAAAAAUUGUGACUAGUUGAGAGUGUGCAGGCCUCGCAGUAUUUAUUAUUUUAUAUUUUAUAUUUUUUUAAUUUAAUAUUUAUAGAAAAAAAAAAGUAUUAUUUUAUUAGAUAACUAAUUGUACUAAUUAUUGAAAGCAUUUCAACACGCAUGGUUGUAUAAAAAUUGGUUGUGCGUAAUCAGAAGCUGAGGAUCGAAUUUUUUCCCGCCUUUUUUGUUUUGUUUAAAAAAUUAGUCAUUUAUUUAUUUAAAAAUU